AGAAAAAAGAAAAACUAUAAACAUAUAAAUUUAAAUUAAGAAAAACUCACAUUGGAAAAACAAAAAAUUAAUGUAAAAGAAACAAACCGACAAAUAAUAUUAUAAAUAAAAUAAAUUUAUAAGACACAAUCCGCGCGAAGCGCGGAAAAAAUCUCUAGUAUAUUUAAUAAAAACUAAUCGAAAGAUAUGUAGAAAUAAUAGGAAGGUUAGUUAAUAGUAUAUAGAAAUAAUAGGAAGGCUAAUUAAUAGAUAAGUCACAAUAUAUUCAAUAGGUCUAAAAAAAGUAUGUCAUGGUAAUUUUCAAAUAGGACUCUAAUUUAUUAGAUUAGAUAUUAUGUUUUGACAAAAAAAAACUAUUAUAUUACGACUGUUAUUCAAACAAUGAUCUCAUCUAACCAAUGUUUUUAAAUCCGACCCGGACACUGAACCGGAUGACUUACUGGAUUGCUGGAUCACGGGGUCGACCGCGGGUGAACCGCGGAUUAAUAAAUGAAUUAAUUUGAUUAUAUAAUAAUAUAUCAUCUAUGUAAAUAAAAAUAUAGAAACUAAAGUUUAAUAUUUUGUAAAUGUUUUUCAAAACAUAAAAUAAUAGUUUGGAUAUGUAUAUAUUUUAUGUUUAAAAAUAUUUAGAAAAUACUUUACUUUAGUUUUUAUAUUUUUAUUUUCAUUUAUCAUACAAAAUAUUAAAAAAAAUAGUUUAGACUAUUUAAAAUUUUCUCUAACAAGGUAAGAGGUAUGACAUCUAAAAAACCCAAGACAUAAAUUUAUAAAUAUUUAAAUGUCUAAUGUGAAUAAUAAAUUAAAUUUCAAAUAAAAAAUAAACCAAAAGUAAAACAUCAUUGUAAUAAAUUGUCAAAAACGAAAAUAAACUAACACCAAAUCACAUCAACUAAUUUUGGCUUUCCUAUCAUUGUUCAUUUCAUUUUCUUCAGGUGACAUAGCAAAAUAUUUAUCAAAAUCUAAAAAUCACAAAUAUAAAACUGAAAAGGGAAAAACUAUCCUUUUUUUAAAUCAUCACAUAAUUUCUUAAUUGAAAAUUUAGAAUAUAAAACAUAAUCUAAAAACAUAAUUAAAAACUUAAAAAAAUCAAAUAAAAGUUAUUUAUUGGUUCAACCGGUAUCGAAUUUCGAGUUUACUGGGUUUUAGCGGGUUUUUAAAUAUUGGGUUUUACACAAAACCCAAACCGGAUUUUUUCUGGGUCACCGGGUUUACCGGUUCAACCGUGGUUCCGGGUCGGGUUUCAAAACACUGCAUCUAACCAAAAGACCCGGCCAGGUUUUCUCUGAGACUGAUUCACAACAAUAUGGAGAUCCUAAUAUCUCGGAAGUCUGACCCGUCCAACAAUGGAUAUAUCGGAGAUCCUAUUUUCUUGGUUGACCAAAAAAAAAGGAUAUAUCGGAGAUUGUUCUAGAUCCUAAAAUAUAUAUAUAUGUAUAUCUUUCCAAUAACCGUUUUCAACAGAUUCAGACGUCAUGAUAUAAGUUAUACUAUGAAAUUUUGUCGCGAAUGUAAUAACAUUUUGUAUCCAAAGGAGGACAAGGAGCAAAAGAUCCUCCGCUACGCUUGCCGUAAUUGUGAUUACCAGGUUUGGGUUCGGCUUGUUCAGCUUGGUUCAUUUUUGCCUACCUUAGAGAAGGAAAUAGCUGAUAAUUACUGCGUCCACAGAAACGAAGUUCAUCACUCUGUAAGUGAAAAAACUCAGAUCCUAACGGACGUGGCUUCUGACCCGACUCUUCCCCGAACCAAAGCUGUGCGUUGCGCCAAGUGUCAGCAUAGAGAGGCUGUCUUCUUCCAGGUAAAACUAGCUUUAAGUUCUAUCUACUUUGGUCAUGCUACGCUACAUACUUCUGCCACUGCUUAUCCAAUAGAACGUAUGCUCAGUUUCUUGGAACACAUUACAUUUCCAUGUGCAGGCUACGACUAGAUCUGAAGAUGGAAUGGCAUUGUUCUUUGUAUGCUGCAACCGGAAUUGCGGCCAUCGCUGGAGAGAUUAAGAAAGAUUUUUGUUUCAGUUGUCAAUCAUCAGCCUAUGUUUUUCUUAUAGAGAUUGUAAGAGUCCCGAGUGUUCGGUCAAUAAUCAGUUUCUUAGAAAUUCAGAUUUAAACAUCAACCUAUGUUUUGAUGAGAUCUUGAAGAAUUUUAGUAGGGUGGACAAAUAAACCGAAUCCAAGAACCCAAGCUGAAUCCGACGCAAUAAAAAUAAAUCCGAAUCGAAUCCCACAUGAAUACAUAAUGGGAUUUGUUUUAUGGAUUUUGGCUUAUGGGUAUAUCCGAAAUAAACCCGAAUAGAUAUACGAAAAAGAAAAAAAAUCAAAAUAUCAUAAAAUACUCAUGCCAAUCUUCGGUUUUCCGCUUCGGAUUUUAUCUAAUAUGAUAUGUUUGCAUAUAGUUUUGAGUUUUGUUCUCUAAUUUGUUGUUUAUACUCUCAAAUUUUAUUUGUCAAAAAUUACACUAUAACCAAAAAGAAACCGGGAUGAGAGCAUUUUUCAUUUCUCAUUUCAAAUUUUUUUGGUCUUUGUUUUAUUUGGAUAUAUUGGAAACGAAAACUCGAUUAAGAUCCAAACCCAAAAGUAUAUUUUGUAAUUGAUAUUUUGGAAACUAAGUACAAUAUAAUAUUUUGGAAAGGAAAACUCGAUUAAGAUCCAAACCCAAAAUUAUAUUGGAUUCAACCGGUUUUUGGAAAUGUUACUGAAUAUGAGGCGAAUCUGACUAACCUGAACCGGAUCCGAACAAAUUUUUUAUAAUAUCCAAAUGGGGCUAAAAUUCAUAAAACUAAAAACUCGAUCUAACCUAAACCGAAAUCCGAUUGGUUCCCCGAAUGCUAAUGCCUAAGUUCUAGGACAUUCACGUCAUGUAAUUUGUAUUGACUAGGAAAUUGGCAAUUUGGCAUCGGUCCGCAGUCUAAAUUUUUUCAGGGGUUAGAUGUGGAAUAAUGAUAAAGUUAUUGAUAUAACAACUGACUUUAAAAUAAAUAACCAAUUCAAAGAUUAAAAUCAAAAUUAAAAUUAAAAUUAAAAUUGUCAAAUGAUCCAAACUAAAAUUGUAUAUAUUGAUACCACUUUAAUUUAUAGAUUAUUCAUAUUUUCCAAAAAUUAUAUAACAAAUUUUUAUAAAAUUUUACAUUAUAUUUCCAAUUUAAGAAAACAAAUAAGCGAAAUGCAUUUAAAAAUUAAUUUGAUUUACCUACUUACUUACUUAGAACCAAAAACUGUUGUAGCUCAACUUCAAAAGUAACUACAACCCAAUAUAUUUCUCAAAAAAACUACAACGCAAUAUACACCAAAAAUAAACAAGUAAAUCUGUCAGACUUUUGUACAUUAAAUUUCUUGUAUAAUUAGGAUAAUAAUAUAUUAUUAUUUGGAACAGUUUUGUCUAUUUUUCAUAUACAAAUAAUAAAUGAGGUAAAUAUCAUAUAAAAUGAAAGUAAAUAUUAAUUAAUUAUUUUAUAAACAUGGGAAAUAUCCUAUAUGUUAUAUUUAAAUAUCUUAUAUACAAUUUUCAUUUGUAUAUUCCUCAGAAAUGGUGGUUAGAGACAACUGUUUUGUAAUAACAAAAUAAUUAUAUAAUCAGAUUCGUGUAGUGGAAUCUGAUGAAACAGAGAUUGAAAAUAACAAACAGAUGAGUAAGCAAAAAGUAAAUUAAAUUGCAACACAAGGAAAGUUUACAAACUGCUUUAAAUUGGUUCAUGUGUCAAAGAACUCCAUUUUAUUUAUCAUUCUAAAAUAGAGUUUAUAGUAAAAAUAUUUCAAUUAUGCUAUUUUUCAUAUUUUAGAACAAAAAAAAAAA